UCUUGUAAUUUAUGUAACAUUCACUGGUCAUCAUACGAAGUGGUAGCAGUGUCUGAAAAAAAAAUUAGAAAUAAAGAAUUUUUCUUCUUAUUCGCAAAAGUAAAAAUUUAAUAAAAUUUUGUGCUUCACCAAACAAUUUUAUCAGUAACAAAAAAAGAAAAACAUCAUUCCAAAAAAAUUGCAUUCUCAAUUCUUUAAAUUUUGCUAACGUCGAAUGCAAAUUAAAGUGAAAGUGUGCUGAAUUUACGUAAUUUUAUCGUCUGAUUGCAGCAUAUAAUUUAUUAUACCUUGAAAAAGUAAAGAAAAAAAAAACCAAAUUUAAUUUCAAUUGUUUGAAUUGAAAAAAAAAAAGAAACUUAAAAUGCCUUGCCCUUUUCUAAGUAGAUUAAGUGCAAAUUAUGUGCGAAACUAUGCAGAUGUACUUCUGCAAUCUUAUGGUUCGCAAUGUCCAGUUGUGGCCCGAAGUAUCUUUACAAUGGGCAAUUCUGGGGGCUCUCAACCCCCAAAUGCUACCACGGAUGGCACUUCCAAUGAGCCACCUACUCAACCAAGGGAAAUGUCAACCAUGCAGCAGGCCAAAGUCGCUGAAACUCAUAUUGACGUCACCAGCAAGCCUAACCUUGAAAGGGUUGAUAAGAAAAAUGCUGACACCAAGAACUCAACAUUUCCCUAUGAAGAUUUCUUUCAUGAUCAAAUAAUGAAAAAGAAACAAGAUCAUUCUUAUAGGGUUUUUAAGAAAGUCAAUCGAUUAGCUGGAACAGGAAUGUUCCCAAAAGCUUUGGAAUACUCGGUUAAAGAAAAACCAAUAACUGUUUGGUGUUCCAAUGAUUACUUAGGAAUGUCAUGUCAUCCUAAAGUAAAAGAGGCUGUUGCCAAGGCCUUAGAGGUUCAUGGCGCUGGUGCAGGUGGUACCCGAAAUAUAUCGGGUAAUUCCUUGCACCACGAGCGAUUAGAGGCACGACUUGCUGAAUUGCAUCAAAAAGAAGCUGCAUUACUUUUUACCUCUUGUUACGUGGCCAAUGACUCGACCCUGUUUACUUUGGCUCGCUUGCUACCAAAUUGCGAGAUAUUCUCUGAUGCUGGCAAUCAUGCAUCAAUGAUUCAAGGAAUUCGCAAUAGUCUUGUGCCGAAGCAUAUAUUUCGACACAACGAUGUCGAUCAUUUGCGAAGUCUUUUGCAGAAAGUCGACAAAAAUGUCCCAAAGAUAGUAGCCUUUGAAACUGUACAUUCCAUGACGGGAGCAAUUUGCCCUCUGCAGGAGCUAUGUGAUGUUACCCAUGAGUAUGGUGGAAUUUCUUUUGUCGAUGAAGUGCAUGCUGUUGGGCUGUAUGGCGAACAUGGGGCUGGUGUGGGAGAGAGGGAGAAUCAAUUGCAUAAAAUGGAUAUGAUUUCUGGAACAUUGGGGAAAGCUUUUGGUAAUAUUGGAGGUUAUGUUGCUGGAUCGGCUAAACUAAUCGAUAUGAUACGUUCGUAUGCUGCUGGAUUCAUUUUUACAACGUCAUUGCCACCAACUGUUUUAUGUGGAGCAUUAGAAGCUGUUAAUAUAUUGGCGUCAGAUGAGGGACGAGAAUUACGAGCAAGACAUCAGGAAAAUGUUCGUUAUCUUCGUAAUAUGCUGCAAAGGGAAGGUUUCCCAGUCGAGCAUACACCUAGUCAUAUUAUACCAAUUAAAAUUGGUGAUCCCCUCAAAUCGUCUCAAAUAUCAGACCUGCUGAUGCAACAACACGGACAAUAUGUACAAGCUAUCAAUUAUCCAACUGUAGCACGUGGCGAAGAGAAACUUCGUAUGGCUCCAACUCCAUUCCAUACCCAUGAAAUGAUUGAUAACUUAAUAGUUGAUAUGAAACAAGUUUGGAAACAACUUAAUCUGCCACUGAAUGGGCCGACAUGCUCGCAAGAAUGUUCAUUUUGCAACAAACCUAAUCUUUUCGACUACUACGAAGCCAGGUCACGAACUUGUUCCUCCUCUAUGAUGGCAUGUGCUAUUCCAGACUGCCCUCGGAUGCCUACUGCAACCGCAUAAGAAGUUCUAUAAAAUAUAAAAUGGCCUGUGUAUAACACUGAGACCUGAAUAAAUGUAUUAAUCAAAAUAAAUUGCUUAUAAUCUCUAAACAUACCUGCAUAAAUGUCUAUGUACAACGUAAAAAUUUGGUGUAGUUGGCAUCUUUGGAUUCUUUCUUUUGCUUCCUAUUUUAUAUAUUUUUAUUAAAUGGUGUAUGUUCAUGAUUUUGUUAAAUUUUUAUUUUGUUUCGAAUAAUAGACCAAUUCUUGUUAAAAAGUA